GUGUGAUUUGUAUGGAAGAGAGUAGAUGGUUGCGUGUGUGUUCGUCAAGGAGCAUGAUAGAGAACAAGAAAGGGAGAGAGAGCGUGCGUACGUGUGUUUUCGUGUGCGUAUAGUGUGUCUGAUUGGUGUUCGAGGAAGGUGCUAUUCAUUCUCUUGAGGUCUGUAUGGAGAAUCCUUACAUUUCUAUGGUUCGGGAAGUUGUCCUUGCCGAAGGCUAUACAGUACAAUGGCCUGCUUGCUUCCAGCAGUCAAAACUCUUCUGGAGACAAUAAGGGGGAAAUGGUGGGUGGAGGAGAGAACUCAUGGAAGGAGAUGACUGUUUUCCUGGCUCACAUUUCCAGAUUCCAUGACUAUUAUGUGGCGGGAGAGAAGGAAUUUCACAAAGAUGGAAGACCAUGUAAUGCAGAGCGAGACGGCCUUUUACUCAAAGGCAGAGCACUACUGGAAGGAAGUCCCACCCACUGUGGACGGAAUGCUGGGGGGUUAUGGCAGUAUUUCAAACACUGAUAUUAAUGGUUCCAAAAAGUUUCUCCAGAAAUUCCUUGGGGAAGGUAAAGGUAAGACUGGGACAGGCUUUGCUCUGGACUGUGGAGCUGGAAUCGGCCGUAUCACCAAACGACUGCUUUUACCACUCUUCCGAACAGUGGAUUUAGUGGAUGUGACGCAGGACUUCCUGGAUCAAGCUCGUAUGUAUCUGGGUGAAGAGGGCAAGCGGGUAGAGAACUAUUUCUGCUGUGGUCUUCAGGACUUUAAUCCCCAGCCAGAGUGCUAUGAUGUCAUAUGGAUCCAGUGGGUUAUUGGUCACUUGACUGAUGAUCACCUGGUUGAAUUUUUGAGGCGUUGCCGGAGUGGUCUGCGUCCAAAUGGUCUCAUCGUAGUAAAAGACAACGUCGCUUAUGAAGGCGUAAUACCUGAUGUUGUGGACAGCAGCGUGUGUCGGGACCUGAAUUUACUACGAAGCAUAGUGUCCAGGGCUGGACUUAACAUCAUCUAUGAAGAACAGCAGCAGAACUUCCCUGAGGAGAUCUAUCAGGUUCACACGCUGGCUCUCAGAUAACUG